CGUGUGCCAACACACCACCGCCAGACCUCACCGCAGCAACGGCCACCGGCUGCCCUCGCCAACCUCUAUACUCCUUCCAGCCCCCGGCUCCUUUCUGACAUUUGUUACAUACGCCCAGCUUCGCAACCCCGUCCGCUGCUGUUCCGGUCUAAUUCACUCCAACGGCCAGCCCUUAUCCGAAAUUGGCCGCUGCGAUUCAUGCUGAAGCCACUCUCUCGGUCGCACUCCUCCUCCAACUCGUUGCUUGCUUUCCCUCUCUGUUUUUUGUACCUUUUUCCCACAGUCAUUGCCCUCCUUUUCUCUCUGCCUGACCGCGCGAGCCUGCGACCCCGUCUGCUUUUCGUCUGAUCCGCCUUCUCCUGACUGCGAUUCAUCCUGACCAGGCGCAUUCGUCUCUCGCGUCCCUGGCUGCAUCCGAGCGCGAUCGACUGGGCCCGUUCUACUCGACCUCCUUUCCCGCUCUAAUACGUACUUCACUGGUCUCACCCCCGAGUGCACAGUCCUUGAAUAAUUAUCCCGUUUUAUCGAGCCACCAAGUUAUGCUCAUCAUCCUAUCCCUAUCCUCCCACCAGCUACAAGGAACCUAGCCUACGGAAGUCUACCCGCCUACCGUGGUCCUGGACCACUUACUCUCCACACACGCCCUUUUCUCAAACCUUCGUUCCUCUUUUCAUCCACCUUCCCGCCGCUGCAUCAACCUGGACCCUUACUUCCCUCCUAUCUCCCUCUGCAAAUCGAUACGCUUGGGACAUUCCCCCUCGACCCUUAACAUUGUCUUCGACCUCCCCACCGUUGAUUCACUCUCGUGUAACACACACUUCGACAUCAUCCAACACCACCACCGCUACCUCUAAUCAUCCUACCAUUACCUUGGCUACUCCUGGUCUACCUGACAUGACCCCGAGCCAACUGUAAACCAUUGAGAUCAACCGAUCAAGGACAUCUGUUACGGUGAGCCAACUCACACGCGUGAAGUUGACCCAAUCUCAUCGUUGCAGUCCUCCCCCAUCUGCCACUUGAAGAUUUGUCUGUGCGAAGACCGGUUUCUCCCUGACACAAUUCUGGCUCUAUCAUCGACAUGUAUCAAGAUAGACAAGACCAGCCCCAUGGCUGGGCAUCUCUGGAGGAGCGGUAUGAAGUCAUGAAGGAGAUAGGCGAUGGUAGCUUCGGAAGUGUAGCUCUUGCCCGCGUCCGGACCGCAGGCCAACAUAUCGCGCGCAGAGGAACAUUGGUGGCUAUCAAAACCAUGAAGAAGACGUUUGAUUCGUUUUCGGCCUGCUUGGAGCUGCGAGAAGUCAUCUUCUUGCGCUCGUUGCCCCCUCAUCCGCAUCUGGUGCCUGCCUUGGAUAUUUUCCUGGAUCCCUAUAGCAGGCGCCUUCACAUAGCAAUGGAGUACAUGGACGGCAAUCUGUACCAGCUCAUGAAGGCGCGGGACCACAAGCCCAUGGACGCCAACAGCGUCAAGAGCAUCCUUUUCCAAAUCAUGUCGGGCCUGCAACACAUUCACGAUCGCGAGUUCUUUCAUCGCGACAUCAAACCAGAGAACAUCUUGGUUUCCACAUCGCAGCAAAACGACUCGUCACAUCCUUUCCGACGCUACUCUGCAUUGAUGACACCGCCAUCGACUCCGCCAGUGUACACUAUCAAAAUAGCCGACUUUGGUCUAGCCAGAGAAACCCACUCCAAAUUGCCCUACACCACCUAUGUCUCCACUCGCUGGUACCGGGCCCCAGAGGUCCUUCUCCGAGCAGGCGAGUACUCUGCUCCGGUGGACAUCUGGGCCGUUGGUGCCAUGGCUGUUGAAAUCGCUACUCUCAAGCCUCUCUUCCCCGGUGGAAACGAGGUUGACCAGGUUUGGAGAGUAUGCGAGAUCAUGGGUAGCCCUGGAGGCUGGGUCAACAAAUAUGGCCAACGCGUAGGUGGCGGCGAAUGGAAAGAUGGUGUGCGGUUGGCACAGAAGCUAGGCUUCUCCUUCCCAAAGAUGGCCCCGCACUCCCUUGACACGAUCCUCCAAGCACCGCAAUGGCCGGCCAGCCUGGCUCAUUUCGUCACGUGGUGUUUGAUGUGGGACCCGCGCAACAGGCCUACAUCGGCGCAGGCGCUCGCCCACGAGUAUUUCAAUGAUGCAGUGGACCCUGUUCGCCUCAAGUCGUCGUCGUCGCGGUUGCUGGGUCGCAAGCAGUCUGAUCUCUCACGAAAGGAUUCGCCCGAUGUUUCUCCCAGCCUCAACUCGAAGACCUCCUGGCUCCGGAGAUCGCUAGUGGCCCGGGAGAGCGCUCCAGCUGUCCCGCAGCACGCGCAUGUUCAGCAACCAUCGCCACGGCCGUCGCCUGCACCAGCCAAUGCUGCAGACGCCACAGUAUCAAAUAAGCAUCGUCCGCAAGCAGCUAAGCGCGCUACGUGGACCAACGGCGUCACCAGCAACGGAGCACCCAUCCCAAUUCUGCCUUCCAUCAGACCCGUCUCUCCUUUGUCAGCAGAGGUGACGGCUCAAGCCAGUGUACGCGCCAAUGAAGCUGAGGAGAGGGCGGCCAAGAAGAUCGGCCGCCAACUGUCAGUUGCCUCGCACGGCAACCACUACGCGGACAUUCACCGACAGGAAGCCGAGCGUGCCCUCAAUGGUCAAUCAACCGUUGCAUCGCCUUCUAGUGGCAAUGGACACAGGGAAGGUUUCUUCUCGCACUUGAGGAAGCGUGCUCGUCGUCUAUCAGGACGUUACCAGACUCCCAUGUCACCCAACUCUGAUGAUAUCGAAGCCAAUGCUGGCUGUGCUCCUUGGGCUUCCGGCAGCAACCGGCAAUCCAUGAUCAUGGAUCAGUCUCCUGUUGCAGGUGCUGGUACUAACACGGACCUCAACGAUCUCGACAAAGCUUUGCGCAAUGUGAGGUGCAGUCUUGAGAGCCCCGCUCAACCAACCAACGCAACCAAAAACGCCCGCAUUGCGACCAACCCUAUGCUGAAACGUCACCACUCGCUGAAUCAUGGGCCGGACAACCGAAGCGCGGAUUCGGGUAUGAUGCCUACAAAUGCACCCAUUUCCAGCAGGACGAGGCGCGCUCUGCAAACCAAGCCGAAUCCAUCCAACCAGUACGAGACGCCCAACGAGGAAGAGGAGUUGCUCAGCGAAGUCCUUGCCUCUACGCACAAGGCCGUCAAGAAGAUGGAUAGGCACGUCCAGAAUGGCCAGCAGGCGCAGCGUAAGCCUGUCGGACCAGCGGCAUCAUAUCUCACUCCUUCGCCUUCGGCCAACCGCGACAACGUCAACUUUGGCCAAUCCGACUACUCUACUCCAAGCAAGCCGCUGGAGAUUUCCAAGACUCGUCCAGCCAAGGACGAAGGGCCAUCGAAGUGGCCUACACCCCCAUAUGACGAGGGCGAUUGGGCCUCCAGCGUAUCAGCCAGUCUCUUCGCCACGCAGUCCAUGUACCGGUGA